CUGAUGCAGGUGCUGGGGCUUUAAUCAACCCUAACCAUGACUUCCGUGUUCCGAACCCGAUCAGUUCUCCAAAGCCUCUCCGGCACGAACCCCGCUAAAAAACACACAUUCAAACCAUGGGAGGCGCUUUCCCGGUAUUAUGCAACUCAGAGCAGCUUGGGGGGAGCAUCUUCAUCAGCAAACCCCCAGCAGUCCAGAAAACAAAUAACCGUCACCAGCGACGAUGGCCGAGUACGGUGGGGGGAGCUCUCUAGAAGAGAGAAGGCAGCUCGGGCAACUCAGCAAUCUGCAAAUUUCCUUAUCAUUGUUAUUGGGGCUGCCAUGACUGGUGCUGUUUUUACUCUGCUUUACCAGGAAGUUUUUGCGCCAGACAGCAAAACUCGGAAUUUCAAUCGAGCCGUCGACCGAAUUAAGGAGGAUCAGAGAUGUAUCGAGCUACUUGGGGAUAGCAACAAGAUACGGGCCUAUGGCGAGACUACGUGGAAUAAGUGGACAAGAAAUAGGCCCAUCGCAACCACCGUGGAAAAGGACCGAGUUGGUCGGGAGCAUAUGAAAAUGAACUUCAAUGUCAGUGGCCCACGCAACGAUGGAACUGUGAGCGUACAUCUGAUAAAGAACCCGCAAACAAAUGAAUUUGAAUACAAUAUUCUGGCGUUGGACGUUAAAGGACAUCAACGACUUUAUCUCGAAAACGCGGAGGCGAAUAAAAAUGCAGCGAAGAAAGCUGCAACGAAAAUCUUUGGAAUACAAUGGCGUUAGCAGGGUUAUCGCGCCGUUUUGAUGGCCGUAUGAAAUCUUUGGCAGUAGUUGAAGGCCGAAAAAGCCAUAUCAUUUGCUGGGUAGAUGAACUCAAAUGAGAUGUCCUAGCUGAAUUUGACAACAGGAAACCGCAUCACCUAAGCAUGGAGUCAUGAUGGAACGCAAGACACACACACACACACUCAGAUACAUAUGGCGAAGCACAUUCCCGACUGUAUUUUAUGGGAUAUCGGCAUCGCUUUGCCGAUGUCCAGCCCAAAUAUGUAUAUGUAACUGAAAUCACGCAUGAUCCCAAAUGCAUCUUGAAAGAAG